GGCGGAACUGCUCAGUGAAGCAGGGGAAUGGGCUGAGUUUCAGUUACAGUACUGUAUCUGACACAGACAUGCACUGUCAACGUUAGCUGCGGUGUAUUCGUUUACGUGGACCAGGCAGUGUAGACGUAGUGUUUGUUUCUAACGUCGCAGCAUCUUAAUACAUUCGAACAAAUGAUGCGCUUCAUGCUCCUUUUCAGCCGACAGGGGAAGCUGCGGCUGCAGAAGUGGUACACAGCCACAGCUGAGCGCGACAAGAAGAAGAUGGUCAGGGAGCUGAUGCAGAUAGUGCUUGCCCGCAAACCAAAGAUGUGCAGCUUCCUAGAAUGGAGGGACCUCAAGAUUGUCUAUAAAAGGUAUGCCAGCCUGUAUUUCUGUUGUGCGAUUGAAGAGCAGGACAAUGAGCUCAUCACACUGGAAGUCAUCCACCGCUUCGUAGAGCUGCUGGAUAAGUACUUUGGCAGUGUGUGUGAGCUGGACAUCAUCUUCAACUUUGAGAAGGCCUACUUCAUUCUAGAUGAGUUCCUGAUGGGAGGAGAGAUACAGGACACAUCUAAGAAGAGCGUUCUCAAAGCCAUUGAACAAGCUGACCUACUGCAGGAGGAGGACGAGUCACCCAGGAGCGUGCUGGAGGAGAUGGGCUUGGCGUAGUACACAGCAAGGUUGUGAAAGACUAUAGAUACUAAGGCAGAGGGCUGGAUGAGAGGGGGCGGGGCACAAUCUGGGAUUGGACAUUCUUGGACUGACAGCAUUGGUUCUGUGUAUCUGUGGCUCUUGGGACUGAUGUGCAGUGUGUAACUGGGGAAGCAACUCAGUUAAGAAUGAAAGAUCCUUGCAUUGACAGGCCCUUUAGCUCUGUGUGUGUGUGUGUAUGUGUGUGUGUGUGUGUGUGUGUGAUCUGAGAGUGGGGUAGAAGACAUGGUAUACAUUUAAACGUGUGUGGCAGCAGGGGCUUAUCAGAGAGUUAAAAUAAGAAUCCAGAGUGGACGCUGACGUCACAGUGAGGCAGCUUGGCAGUUUGACUGAUGCUGUGAUGCAAAGAGGUGGUUGAACAGUCACACCUUGUCUUGAAAGUUUGCCAGGUACUGAAUGUGGACUGAGACUAGGUCAUGGAUUUGGGUUUAUAGAUUGGGGGCAUCAUUCAAAUGAUAAGUCUGAUGUUAUUUUACAUUUUUUUGUAUUUUAGACAAUUCUCAUAAAAAAGACCAAAACCAACAACGUGUUCUCAGUGCUCAGUACUUUAAGUUUUUCCCACUUUGCCUUAACACUCAUCUCCAAGCCCAUUGGUUCCUACUGAAGAUAUAAAUAUUUCAAAACAGCUUUGUUGGUUUUGAUCUGUAUGUGAGAUUUGGUGAUAAUCAGAAAAAUAUAGAAUAUCACCAGUACUUCAAAGGUCUAGUCUGUAGGAUUUAGAGGCAUCUAGCGGUCUAGGUUGCAGAACUGAAACUUCUUCUAUGUGCCAAGUAUGUAGGAGAACUACAGUGGCCAAAACAAAAAUGC